AUGGGUGCAUUUUUGCUGAUGGCCGCAUUAAUGAUCGUACAUACGAUGCUUGUGCUGAUUGCCGUCACGGAUCCGGGCGUACGGUAUGCGGCCCGGCGACGCUUUGCACGAUUGGUCCACCGGGAUACGGCAAAGAGCUGGGAUGGUGUCGUUUCAACGGCUGUCUUUGUCGAGAGCAUGGAUGCCCUGAAUUUUGACAUUAUUACCGGAAGGCUGCGGUACUUCCAACACCAGCUCGACCGUCCGAAUGAUACCUAUUGGCAAUUCUUUUUUCGGGCCGAUGAGAGUGGGACGUGCCCAAGCUUUUCCAUGAGUGAAAACGCUACCGUAAUCUCAACAAAUCCCCUGCUCGAGGCAGGGAACCCGGAGAAAUACCCCAUUAAUGUGGCGAGGAAUUUGGCGCGGAAAUUCGGGCCACCGCAUCGGUAUUUGCUGUUUGCCGAUAUGGAUCAGGAAUAUUCGUGGGGUGCCGAGGAAAAGCUACGGGCUUAUGCGACAAGCCGAAAAAUUGAGGAAAACGAAGAGCUGCUCGUGAUCAGAAGAUUUGAGCACAAAACGGGAACCAAACCGCCACGCACCAUUCGCGAUCUGCGCUCCCGGCUGAACAAGACGGUGUUCUACUUUCACGAGAAAUAUUUCACGCUCGGCCACCGUAUCCCGAAUUUGACGGAAUGGUCGCAGCGGGGAGAAGAUUCCAUGGCCGUAGUGCUCCUUCAGGUGCAAGCCAUCCGGCGUCCAAACAAAUUCUGGGAGCCAAUGUUCGUCGCGGCGGCCGACAUACCGUACCACGACGAGGCGUUGGUGUAUCAGCAGAAGAACCAUCUGGCGUUGCGCUGGGACCUGUGUGCGAUGGGCUAUAAAUUCCUGGUGGUGGACGGCGUGUUCAACACCCACGAGGGCAUUAAAGAUCUACAAGACGUGGGCCCGUAUCGCUUCCGAUCUGUCGUGAGUUUUUCACAUAUGUACCCGUUCCAUCAAUGCCGGGUG